CAUAGAGUGGCGCGCUCGUUCGCGAGAUGCACUCAACAAUAGGCGUUCCAUCGGGUGCAAAAAAAGAAGACUUAAAAAGUGCGAUCCCUGUGGGGCGAGAGACUCAAGACUUUGUACCCUCACUAUGGGAGCCCACUCGUGCCAUCUUGACUUCGCUUAUAUUCGAAUGCGUGCUGCAGUCCUAGCCCUGCGCCUGAUUACGCCUCUGAGCGUAGCGUAUAUCGUCUUUUACUACUUCCUCUGCGCGUUCAGCUCCUCAUGGUUGGCAUGGUAUACCUUGGCUGAAACACUCUUCUUCUUCGGCGUGUAUGUUCCGAGAAGCUUCCUGCUGCAGAAGGAAGCUCAAUUCCCGCUCCCACCGUCUCGGCAGGAGCGCCAGAUGCUCUUCACCAGGUCUCUGCCGUACUUCUGUACGACCGAUACAGCCACAGGAUGGUUCUAUGCCAACGAUCCGGUCGCUAAGAUUAAGAAGGGCAAUCUGAAGGAGCUCCUACUAUGGGCCUUCUUCAAUUCCGACUUGAACGGCUUGCAAGAAGAAUGGAAACAGGAGCUCGAUGAAUAUGUGGCCCAGGUCGAGAAAGUGAUUGGACAUGAAUUGCCAGAUGGGCGGAAUGACGACAUGAAGUGUAAGGCAUUUACUCGCCAAACAGUCAGAAUGACGCAUCGUCCUCUCUUGUUGUAUUUGAUGACGGGCGUUCUGGACUUCAGAGCCUGCCUGGUGCUGUGGUGGCAUGGCUUCACGCACCUACGAGUGAAGCAGUGGUGGCGUUGCUUCCCACUCCGGCCAUAUACAGCCUUCGCGCGACGUUCUGCACAUCCAAAGUUGGGAUAUUGGUACCGACCGCACCGAUCGGCGACCAAGCUCCCCAUUCUAUUCCUUCAUGGUGUUGGGAUGGGGUUGACGCCUUACUUACCGUUGUUGUGCGAGAUCGUCGCUGCAAACCCAGACGUCGGUAUCAUUGCCAUCGAAGAUAUGCCUAUCAGCAUGCGCAUCACCAGUCCGCAUCUCAACCGUGAAGAGAUGCUCCAAGCACUCACGCGUAUCCUGGACUAUCACGACAUCCCCAGCGUUGUCGUCGUCGGCCACUCCUACGGCACCUUCCUCACCGCGCAUAUCCUUCACGACGCUGCGUUGUCCCAGCGCGUCGCUGCAUCUAUGGUGAUCGACCCGGCCUCGCUGCUCAUCUUCAAGCCUGACGUCAACCAUAACUUCUUUUACCGGUCACCACGUACUGCGACCGAGCUCUUUUUGUGGUAUUUUGCGUGCCAAGACCCCGAUAUCGCUCGCGGAGGUCGGCGCGGUCUGUUCUUCACGGACAGCGCUCUGUGGAAAGAGGACCUAGCUGGCCGGCGUGUGGGCGUUGUUCUCGGGGGCAACGACCUGCUCCUCGACGCCAACGAGACGUGGCGGUACCUCACCGGGCAAUCAGAACCGGUCUCGGAGUGGCGAAAGGAUGGGCUGGAUGUGCUGUUUUAUCCCAACCACGGGCACUCAGAGACCAUGUAUACCGCAGAGACAAGGGCGCCGAUUCAUAUAUUGUUAUCGAGACUUGUAGAUAGGUAUGCCAAGCCUUCGAAGUAGUACAAUUGUUC